AACAACUCAUAGCACCCAAAGAUCCUCCUAAAGCCAAAACAGUUCCACAGCCAAACAGAUUAAAGCAUCACCCUAUGGAUUUUGCAUCUUCUUCAUUGUUCACAGCAGAUUUUGCCUAUGAAAAUGAGCUAGAUCUCUCGAGUCUGAUAACUCCUUCAACGUUUAUACCAUUCCAAGAACCUAAUCCAUCUAUACCGACCAUUCAUUGCGCCGGGGCUGAAAACGAUGGAAGACAGAGAAUCCGUGAGACGACCACGACCGAUGAAAUCACAAACGAAGAUGUUGAGCCGAAGAACAAGAAAGCGAAACGUAGAGAGAUUGGGAGACAAAGAAGACAAGAAGUCACGUCUCUUUUUAAGAAUCUAAGAUAUAUAUUGCCAUCUCAAUACAUUAAGGGUAAGCGCUCUUCAUCGGAUCACGUUCAAGAAGCUGUGAAUUACAUCAAAGACUUAGAAAAGAAGAUUAAAGAGAUCAGCGAGAAAAGAGACCGAAUAAAGAGAUCUAUUUCUCAUUCAUCUUCAACAGGAGAAUGUUCUAUUAGAUCAUUAGAAUCAUCAUAUUGUUCUUGUGAUGGAUACACACAUAUAGAUGUUAAGGUCAGGACUUGUUUGGUCGGUAUAGAGAUCGUAGCAAGUUGCUGUUUCAGACAAGAAUCUUGUGUUUCAAGUAUUCUUCAGCUUCUGAUUCAAGAACAAUGCCUUGAUGUUGUUAGUUGCAUCUCAUCUAGACUGCACCCAAGAUUCAUACACACCAUUGUUUGCGAGGUGGAUAAAGGAAUAGAAGUUAACUUCCUAGAACUUCAAGAAAAGUUGAUCAAAAUGUGAAAAUUAUGUCAAAUCAUGUGACUAUUCUCUAGCUGUCCGAUUUUAUCGUGAAAGCUUCUUUGAUGCAUUCUAGUUUGAUCUUGAAUUCGCUGUCACC